AUGCCUCAUCAGUACGGCAUACCGGGGUACGGGCAGGCUCCACCGAGUCCCCCGACACAUCACGGCGGCAGUGGUGCACUGUUGCCACGUCUCGGUGCCGGAGGGGCCGUAAUUCCGGUGACCCCCAACAAUAACGGCGGUUCCGGCAUGGGACCGGCAACGUCACCCAUCUUCCGCAGCCAGAUCGAGGAGCGACGAUUGACGCGGGAAGCGAUGGAAAAGUAUCUACGCGAUCGCAACAACAUGGUCAUUGUUAUACUGCAUGCGAAGGUCGCCCAAAAAUCCUACGGCAACGAGAAGCGCUUCUUCUGUCCACCGCCCUGCAUCUAUCUGUUCGGCGAGGGCUGGCGAUUGCGCAAGGAGCAGAUGCUACGCCGUGGCGAAAGUGAACAGUCCACCCAACUUUGUGCCUUCAUCGGAAUCGGCAGUCCGGAGCAGGAAAUGCAACCGCUCGAUCUGAACAACCCGAAACAGUACUGUGCGGCCAAAACGCUGUUCAUCUCCGAUUCGGACAAGCGCAAACACUUUAUGCUGUCGGUGAAGAUGUUCUACGGCAGCGGGCACGAUAUCGGUGUGUUCCAGUCCAAGCGCAUCAAGGUCAUAUCGAAGCCGUCGAAGAAGAAGCAAUCGCUAAAGAAUGCCGAUUUGUGCAUUGCGAGCGGCACGAAGGUUGCACUGUUCAAUCGGUUACGGUCGCAAACCGUCUCGACGCGAUACCUGCACGUGGAGGAUGGACACUUUCAUGCCAGCUCAACGCAAUGGGGUGCCUUUACGAUCCAUCUGCUGGAUGAUAACGAGAGUGAAUCGGAAGAGUUUCAGGUUCGUGAUGGAUACGUACAUUAUGGUGCAACGGUAAAGCUCGUCUGCUCCGUCACUGGGAUGGCUCUGCCUCGGUUGGUCAUACGCAAGGUGGACAAACAGAUGGCACUGCUGGAAGCAGACGAUCCAGUAUCGCAGCUGCACAAAUGCGCCUUUCACAUGAAGGACACGGAGCGGAUGUAUCUCUGCCUGUCGCAGGAAAAGAUCAUCCAAUUCCAAGCAUCACCAUGCCCGAAGGAACCAAACAAGGAGAUGAUCAACGAUGGUGCCUGCUGGACGAUCAUCUCCACCGACAAGGCGGAGUACCAGUUCUACGAAGGCAUGGGCCCGGUUCGGACACCAGUGACACCCGUGCCAAUCGUGAACUCGCUACACCUCAACGGGGGAGCCGAUGUGGCGAUGCUGGAAAUUACUGGCGACAACUUUACACCCUCACUGCAGGCCUGGUUCGGUGAUGUCGAGGCAGAAACGAUGUAUCGAUGCGCUGAAUCACUGCUGUGCGUUGUGCCGGACAUUUCGCAGUUCCGCGGUGAAUGGUCAUGGGUUCGUCAACCCACGCAAGUGCCUAUUUCGCUGGUGCGUAACGAUGGAAUCAUUUACGCGACUGGUCUCACCUUCACCUAUACGCCCGAGCCAGGACCGAGGCCACCCUGCCCGGGUGCGGAAGAUGUCCUGCGUCGGGGGUCAACCGGCACGCUGGCUGUGGUGGCCAACUCCAAUAGUAAUAACAGUAACAGUAGCAGCAACAAUAGUAACAGUGCAUCGGUGGUUAACCAGCAAGGUGGUCCAACUGCCGGCACAUUGCCCUCCAUUGCGGAUGUCAGUUGGAGUUCGCACGGUGGUGGACUACCGUAACACCACGAAUAGGGCCUACUGGUAGGGAGGCCAUCGUGAUCCCGGAACUCGCCGGAAGGGAAAAGUUGCAAAACAAAAACAAAACGUACGAAAAACAUAAAACCUCAACCGAUGCUCGACGUAGGCAAGUGAAACAAGACAGACUGCGGGAUGGAGGUUGUUACUACCCACGGGGUGAUUAGAAGAGCUGUAGAGGAGCAAGUAAUAGUAGGGAAUAUUUAUUUAAAACAAAAGAAAACUCACCAUACAACGAUUGCACACAUUCGCUUCUCGAACACCUUUAGCUUAAGGACUGCUUCCAAAGAAAACCCGGAAGAGCUUGUAGGAAAGGAAGGACACAUAACUUUUCACCUUACAUUAAGGUUUGUUUCGUUCUCGCUGAAAGGGGGUAAGAAGCGCAGGGUAGCGAAGAUGCAUUAUGAAUCAUUUCAUAUGAUUUUAUAUAAUACUCUUUUCUAGUUCUUCUAUAUUUUAUAGCACAACAGUCACAAGAGAGUUUUUACAGAUGCAGCUAUCAGCUUUGCUAUAGUUGUAUUUUUAUGUGGGAUUUGAUUCAAUAUCUGUACGUUUUAAUGAUGAAGCUUAAUCUUCAUAAGUAUAACGAUCAGUUAAAUAGCCAAAGAAAAUGUGUUUUGAUUGGUUUUAUUUGAUUUUUAUUUGUCUUAGGUAAAGUCUCUCUACAACGU